AUGGAUUUCUUAAGUCUCCUGCUAUGCGCUAUCUUUACCUGUAUUUUGGUUCAUUCUCUCAACUCCUUAUUAGGUUGGAAAAAACGAAGUACAAUCAAGUAUCCACCGGGACCGAACGGUUUUCCAAUCAUUGGAAACCUCUUUGAACUUGGUGACAAACCCCACAUGUCCCUUGCCAAGCUUUCCCAGAUUCAUGGUCCCAUAAUGUCUUUAAAACUGGGCUGCAUAACCACAGUGGUGAUUUCUUCCCCAACAAUGGCCAAAGAAGUCCUCCAAACACAUGACAUCUCCUUCUCCAAUCGAACCGUCCCUGACGCACUCCGUUCUUACAAACAUGAUGAGUUUGGUCUACCUUGGAUGCCGGUGUCUUCACGCUGGAGAAGCAUUCGAAAGAUAUGCAACUUGCACAUGUUUUCCGGUAAGAAACUUGAUGGCAACCACCACCUCCGCCGGAGUAAAGUCCAGGAGCUGUUAUCGGAAGUUCAAAAGUGUUGUGACGCCGGUUGUGCAGUAGCGAUCGGUGAAGUAGCUUUCGGUACAUCAUUAAACUUCUUAUCGAGCACCAUUUUCUCGAUGGAUUUGGACUCCCAGCCUGGUUCUGGUUCGGUACGAGAUUUCAAAACUCUUGUGAGGCAUAUGACGGAAGCAGGAGGAAAACCUAACUUGGCGGAUUACUUCCCUAUACUCCGUAAGAUUGACCCUCAAGGAAUAAGGAGCCGUCUCAAUAUUUUCACCGGGGAGAUGAUGCAGCUCUUUAACCACAUGAUUGCUGUACGGUUGCAGCUAAGGAAAGUGCCUGGAUAUGUUACUUCCAAUGAUAUGUUAGACUCUCUUCUCGACAUCAGCGAAAAUAACAGCGAGGAAAUUGAUACAUCUCGUAUUGAGCAUCUGUUACUGGACUUGUUUGUAGCGGGUACUGAUACGACUGCAAGCACUUUGGAAUUUUCAAUGGCGGAGCUACUUCGAAACCCAGAAACCCUAAUGAAAGCUCGAGCGGAGCUGGAGAACACUAUUGGCAAAGGCAACCCUCUCCAAGAAUCAGACAUAUCUCGGCUACCAUAUUUACAAGCAAUUGUUAAAGAGACCUUUCGCUUACACCCCACAGCACCCUUGUUAAUCCCACGCAAAGCGCCUGACGCAGACACUGCCAUAGCUGGUUUCACGGUCCCUAAAGGUGCACAAGUACUUGUGAAUGCAUGGGCCAUUGGCCGAGACCCAAGCACUUGGGAUAACCCAAUCUCUUUUGAGCCGGGAAGGUUCUUGAGGUCAGAUAUCGAUGUUAGAGGACAGAACUUUGAGCUGAUUCCAUUUGGUGCUGGGCGGAGAAUUUGUCCUGGGUUGCCUUUGGCAAUUCGGAUGAUUCACUUGAUGUUGGGUUCUCUAAUUCACUCCUUUGAUUGGAAGCUCGAAGAUGGUGUCUCACCCGAAGACCUGAACAUGGAAGAUAAAUUUGGGAUCACGUUGCAGAUGGCUCAUCCCCUGCGGGCUGUCCCUAUCCUUCGCUGAAAAACUAACUCAUGUUUGGUCUUUCUCUCUUGGA